UCGCGAAAGAUGACCGGUCAUCAAACACAUGCCCCUUGGUCCCCCAAAUGCAACACAUUGCCAUCGUGUAGACCCACGCAUAGUUGGGAUAUGGCCGGCAGCCUUAAUACGGUCUCUGAAUUUCGUCAAGACAUGGAACAGGCCCCAAUGGCUCAAGGGCCUUUGGAAGAGGGAUCGAGGAAAAGAGCGUUGCUUGAACAAAGAAUGACUGCGCCACUUAAGACCACAAAGGUAUUAGAGCCAAAGGAGACGCAUUUACCGUCUAGCGCCAGAUUUAAAUUGACGGAGGGACGCCAUGUUGUAAUUAAAAAGUUUCGUGAGUUGCCUUACGUAAAAUAAGGGAUUAUCACCAAGUCAAAAAGAAGGGCUUUACAUUGGUUCCCGGUCGUGGGAUUAAUCUUACCGUGACGGAGUGGGAGUGCCUUAACACAAUGAUUCCCGAAAUUGACGCGGCCAUCGACCAAAUUCGAUCGUAAGUUGGCGGGAAAUUUCCUUGCUACGAACAAAGAAGAGAAAAAUGCUUAAAAGGGGUAGAGUCGGCCCUCGAGGCCCAUCUUGCUCCAACGCAACCAUCAGCACCGACAACACUUUCUGCACCGUCAUCAUCGCCGUUUUUUACCAGUAACCACCGGUAAUCAUGGCACAGAAAUUUUUUGGACCCAACUUCAACGCCGAGGAGGAGUGGGCGAGACUGGAGGCCCCCGUGGCUGCUAGCCGGAAAAUGGAUAUCGAACAAGCCGAUUUGGUCGGAGUACAGGAGGCGGAAGUCAUCGACCUGACCUCGCCCGAUGACGAUAUGGAAUAUGUCGAAUUGAUCGGAGUACAGGAGGCGGAAGUCAUCGACCUGACCUUGCCCGAUGACGACGACGACGUGUUUUUGCCAUCCCCGCGGCAAGCCCGGCUCCUGCUUCACCAAGCCCGGCACCCGCUCCACCCAGCCCGGCACUCGCUCCACCCAGCCCGGCACCCGCUCCACCCAGCCCGGCACCCGCUCCACCAAGCCCACCCAUCCUACCGCCCAACGAGGACCUCUUCACUGAGGCUACGGUCUACCAAUACACGCACGUGGCAAUGUUAAUUAAUUAAAUUUUUCCUAAUUUUAUUGCAAGCAGAUGUGGGGGUUGUCAAAUCGAUUACCCCUCACAAACUCAACACAUAUGUGUCAUGGAAGACAAAGAAACGUUGCUAAAUUGGUUUUUGAGGGUCAUGUUGGAGGAGCUGUGUGACGAUAGACUUGAAGGGUGUAUUGAUACAUGGGUAUACGAAGUACAACAAAAUCAGGAAUUAUCUUUACACUACGCACAUUUGGACAUGGCAAUUCUUGACCUUUCCACAUUUUUAUGUUUUGAGUUGCAGCAAGUGGAAAAAUUAGAAGUGUUGAGACAAUUUAUUUUAUAGAAUUAGGGGUUUCUUCAGGGCUGUCGACACAGGGUUCCUCCUUUUUAACUUCAUUUUUUUCUUUGUUUUUUCAAGUGAUGUAGAGUUAAUGGCUUGAAAUGCGUAAUGUAAUUUGUGUUUGAAAUAAAAUGGUUGUUAUUGGGAAUAGUUUGCGUCGCUUGUUUGUAUUUUGGUUUGGGUCAAAUAAGAAAAAUAAUAAAUA